AUGUUAACCACACCCGGUAUAAUGAUAAUUAUUAUUAACAGCAUCAGUAUUAUCAUGGAAAUUCAACGAUAGACAUUUUACAUUAUCAUUUGAAACAAAACUCUUCUAUUCGGUUCAACCUUUACCAGUUAAGCGCCGAGCUGCAAACUGUUUAGUGAAUUGUCAUUUCAGCUGAUUUCUUAGUCAUCGACUUUUUACCAUCUUCUUGCUGUUAUCAACAAAAUGUACAUUUACAAUUUUAUUUUGUAUCUUCUUAAUUUAUAAUUAUUUGUUAAAUAUUACAAUUAUAAUUUUAAUUUUGUGUUUAUUAACCAGCUUUACCUCGACCAGUUUAUCUACGAUUUUUCUUUGACUUUGGCUUGGUAUUUGCUCUCAUUGAAUAUGACCAGUUCAAUUUUGCUCAUUGGUCUAUCAAUCAUAUUAAUUCCAGUGAUCAGAGCUUUUAAUGAAUUGUCAGCGAUCAAUUUUACUGACUUCAGUAACUUUACCCUUGGAAAUAAUCAUAACAACACUUUUACACAUUUGAAUACACCGUUUCUACCAUUAUUUAUAAACUCUGAAAUCAACAACAGUUCAUCUCAAUCCUCAUCUUUACCUUCAAUCGAACCAAUUGGUCUAGACUCUCAUCAUCACCACCAUCACUCUUCACAUUCGGAUGAUGAAGAUGGACUUAAGUCACAUUUGAAUGUAUCUUUCAAUGAAACUCUGAUUAACCGUCGUUUAGCUCAUCAAACUUCAAAUGUUUCCUCAGCAAUACCUGAUCAUCGCUUAUGGACAAGUAAAAGGAUAAAACCAAGAGAGCCUGCACUUGAUCCAAGUGACAGUCGUACAAAUGAUGAGCUAAAGUUUGAUCAAAAUUAUUUUGCUCUUCUCAAUGCUGUUAACCAUCGCCCUGUUGCUCAACUAUCAUCAUCAGAUUCAUCAAAAGUGGAUAAAAGUAAUGUUAACACCAACAAUGAACCAACAAACACAACUCGUUCUUUAUUUUAUUAUUCACCAGAGACUUAUGGCAAAGUGUCUCAUAAAAAUCAUCAAAACACAGCUUUUAGCUUCAAUUGGCCUCCAACUUUAACCCAAGCUACUGGAUUAUCAUCCGUGUCAACACCUUCUUCUUUGAAUUCAGUCAAAGGUGUAUCAUCAUCAUCUUCGUCUUCCUCUUCAUCUUCUUCAUCAACCUCAUCAAUGUCAUCACCUAAUUCUGAAAAACCGACAAGAUUUGACUCGACAUUUGGCGCUUACAGUCAGUCUUCAAACGAAAAACAGUCUUUAACGAAUGGAACCUACAAAAUCAAUCCCAAGAUAAACUAUGCCUCGAAUGAACCAAACAAAAUAAUUGCUGAGAGAGGACAUUUGUCCAUUGGUGAAGAUUUAAAAAGUACCAAUGGCAACUAUAAUGGUGAAUAUGUUAGUGAAAUUGGACCAAGUGAAGCUGUUGUAGGCGAUGAAACUUCAGAGUCAAGUGAAUCUGUUUCAGAGACAAACAGCCCAUCGCCCAAUCCCCACCUUAAUAACGUUGAUGGUAACCUAAUCCAAAGUGAGGUGAACAAUGUUCACAAUAAUGGCAACAUUAAUAAAUAUUACGAUACUGGGCCAUAUCUCAUCUCAAAAAGCCGCUCCAAAUUAUCUCAGACUCCUGUUAAUGUUGAUAAAAAUGGUAAACCUUUACAAUUUCCAGAUCAUUUGUUGCAACAACCUCCAUUAACUCCGUCAAUUGAUUAUCUGGAAGAAGAUUAUGAAUCAACUGAAGCUUUUCCUGAUUUUAAAAAUUAUCGACCUAUGGUUAAAGCUUCAACUGUCCCAACAGCAACAGCUAAAUAUGCUGGAUCACCGCCAUACCGUCAGCUUUAUUACAAUUCAUAUUAUCCAACUCGAUUCUAUGGUCCACCAUAUGAAGAUGAUAACUCUCCAAGUAAAUCUAGCAAUAAUGUAAACUCUUGGUCUGGAUUGGCGGGUUUCCUCCUCGGUAUUAUUCCUCUUGGCAUUUUGAUGGCAUCAAUGGUUCCUGCCUUUGUUUCAGUUCCUGUAGCUACUGCAGCAGCUGGAGUCGGAAGGCGAAGACGACGAAGAUCAUUAUUUCAUUCAAAUCAUUCACUUCAUGAUGACCCUGUUCAUGAUAUCCUAAGCCAAUAUCAAAUGAAAAUGCUAAGAGAUGCUGAUUGUAUAAAAGAAAUACUUUGCAAGAUUGCUGUUCAAGGAAAAUCGCAAAAGAUCGGGCAACAUUUUUUUGAAACUACACUUAAUAUGAGAUUCAAUAGAGUUUAUCAUGAACUAGGAAUUAGUCAAGUAAUGGAAGCUGCCAAGAAGAAUCGCUGUGAAAAGGUUUUCCAGUGCAAAAGAAAUUAACUUUAAUCAAACAUGGCCGAUCCACUUAUACCUGUUAACCAAUUGACUUACUGAGUACGAAAAUUUAAUCAUGAAUUUAAUUCAAUGUUACUCAUCUCUUUAUACUUUAUCCACCGAUUGUACAUAAAUAUUUUAUAUAAUUUUUUCUAAACAAAUGGAUGUCUAAAUACAGUCCAUUUGAGUAAUCACCAUUGGUCAGUUUUGGUCAGUGAUAAAUGUCUUACUAUUUAUAUAUUCAAAUUUUACUGAGCAAUUGUAUUUCACUCUUCUUACAAAGUACAAUGUUAAAUAAAAACAGGGGUUGAAAUGAAUUGAAAA